UUCUUAUAUACAGUCAAUGGUAUGAAUUCGGCACCCGGAACCUUCUGCAGGUACGUGUUUCCGGGGGGCUCUUUAGCAAAGCGGCAAUGUCAAAUUCCCGGUUCUAUGAUGUUAUGGCGGUUCAUCGUUUCUGAAUAUUCUCAGAAGGACAUUUCCCGCCGGGGGUCCAGACGUAAAGGGAGGUUUAACUAGCGGAAGGUUCGUCACCGAACCGGCUUGAAACUUGGAAACUCGUCCUGUUAUUAAACCGUCAUCUUCAUCCGAACGAGAACAACAAACUAUCAAAGAUGCAUUCCAUGCUUACUUGUAACGCGCGGAACUUCCGCCUCUUUGCUUUAGCUCGAAACCGUCGCUUCUGCCCACAAGUCCCCCCCCCCGUCCUCCUCCGAACCGCGUCCGCCGCAGCCGGCCCACCGUUCUUUUGCCGCCGUUCGGUUCCCAGCCCCGCACCGACGGCCCCCCCGCGCCGUUUCCACACCUCGCCGCGCAGGAGCGCCGCGCCGGCCCCACUGCUGUGGCUGCUCCUGAAACCUCUCCAGAAGGUCGCAGCGAUGCUGCUGGGCAGGAGUCUGAGGAAGUGGUGGAAUGCUCUACCUGAGAACCGCCGAGAGCUAAUGCGAGAGUGGGUCCUGAGGCGCCGCUGGCCUCUCACUGGCGGGGUGGCUGUUGCUGUGGUGCUUGUGGCCCUUCUCCUGCUGACGCACCUAGAUGAGACCCCACUUACAGGACGGGUGCGUCUACCGCUGUUCAGCAGAGAGGCGUACCUGGAGCUGGCUGCUCUGACUGCAGAGGGGUACUUAGAGGAGUUUGCAGAGCAUCUGCUUCCAGACAGCGACCCUCUUCACCAGAUGGUGGAUCAGCUGGUGCAAGUCCUUGCAGAAAGGAACAAGGACAUCCCUAAAGUGUCCGAAAGGCCCUGGAGUGUCCAUGUGGUGAAAAACCAUCAAAUCAAUGCUUUUGUUCUGCCAAUUGGGAAGGUGUUCGUGUUCACGGGGAUGCUGGAUGCUGUGGCAGAUGCUGAUCAGCUCAUCUCUGUCCUGGGACAUGAAAUGGCUCAUGUGAUACUUGAUCACUCUGCAGAGCAGGCCAGCCUGUCUCACAUCGUGGACCUCCUGUCUCUUCUUCUGUUGACGGCCAUAUGGGCCGUGUGUCCUACAGACACCAUGGCCCUGCUGGGAGGGUGGGUUAAGGACAAGCUGGCAGAGCUGAUGUUCCAUCGUCCCUACAGUCGCAAACUGGAGGUGGAGGCGGAUCAGAUUGGAUUGCAGUUGGCUGCAAAGGCCUGUGCAGAUGUGCGGGCUGGCCCUGUUUUUUGGCAGCAGCUGGAAAUCACAGACAGACUUUCAGGAGAGCCCUCCCUGCCUGAGUGGCUGUCCACACACCCAUCCCACAGGAACCGGACCGCUCAGCUGGACCGUCUUAUACCACAGGCCCUGGAGUUGAGAGAGAGCUGCAAGUGUCCUGCUCUGCCUUCCACAGACCCUCGUGUGGUCUUUGAAAAGACGGUGCGUGUGAUGUUGGAAAAAGCUAAAGUUCAGAUGGGAGAACCAGGGUCCGAGCACAAGGUCUAACCUGCUCCAGCCCCCACUGGAUUGUCAGGAGCACUGUUUGCCCAAAGUGUGCACGCUUAUGUCCCAAGUCUUGAUCAUGAAGUGAAACCCAGAUCUCAGUCAAAGCCUUACAGUGAAGCAAAAGUGCAUGGAGACUUGAUUCCACUUAAAACCUGAUCCACAACACAUUUUAUAGAACACAUUUAUUUGCCAGGAGGAAAGAAACUUGAGUGUUUCUGUGACAAUAGGCUGAAGGCACAGUAUUUGGGCAAUGAGUCAGCACAAGAAACUAAACAAAGGUAAUGGGUUUGUGCAUGGCUCAUGGACCUGUGGUGUGAGAGGACCGUGAGCUUGUUGAAGGCUGUGUCAUAGGUUGAGGUCAUGAGUGCUCAAGCGGUUACUCUUGUGUUCUCAUGCAGCCAACAGUUUUUGUUUGCGAGAGACCUAAUUGGUAAUGGCUGAAAACACGGCCCUGUGCUCAGGAAAACAAAUAAUAAAGAAUAGACCUUUAAGACUUUAGGAUAUUUUAAAGUAUUUAAGACCAAAUGAAUGAUGUUUCAAUAAUAGAUGCUGUUUAGGGUUUGUGACCCAUUGAACAGCACAGGAGGGUUAUUGUUAAUGGAAUUGUAUACUUAAGGGCUCUUAAAAUCAAUGCAAGCUCAAAUGUUACUUUGUUUAUUUUAUUAUAUAUAUAACUAUAUUUCUAGUUUUGAGGCUCUUGUAAGUUUGGUUUCACUCCCAACAUUUGACUAAGUUCUGUAUGAUUUAAUGCAAAAUGUUUCAUCUGAAGAGGAAUCUCCUACUUUCCGUGCUGCCAGCUCAAAUUGAUAGGGCUUUACAGUCCUCAAACCACAAACACCCGGCGCCUCUGAAUCAGCGUCACUUUCAGAACAAAU